CUUUCCGUAGUUUCCCUGAGCUAAGUUGCACUGCCGCUUUCACAUCGUAAAAAAACAACAACAACAGGUCAAAAAAUUGAAAGAUUAUUCAUGUCAGCAUGGAUCCUCAUCAGCCGCAGCUGAUCGGUGACUGCCUCAUUCACAUCUUCACGUUUCUGACCGAGGAGGAUUUGGUCAGCGUUUCUGGCGUGUGUAAGGACUGGCAUGAAGCUGCAGAGACUCCUUGGUUAUGGAGGAGGAUGUGUCUGCAGCGCUGGAGUUUCUGUAACCUCUCUGUACUGGGGAGUGAAAACGUCAAUCACUCAUGGAAGAGAUACUUCCAGCGACGAUGCCACUUGGAGACGAAAAUGACGAAAGGUCAAUCAGGAGGAUACACCUGUAAAAGCCUCAGGGGUCACGCAGGCAGGGUGGUGGGGUUGGUCUACCUGCAGGGGAAUUCAAGCCAGCAGCCGGACCUCUGGAACAGCAGCGCCACGGUCUGCAGUGCUUCUACUGAUGGUACAGUCAGAGCAUGGAACAUCAAAAAUGGUGAGCUCCUGUGGUGCAGUCCUGUGCAGAGUCCUUUGACAGGGAUUGUAAGUGAUGAACAGCAUGGAGUUGUGAUCACAGCAGACUCUACUGGCCUCAUUAAGACGUGGCAAAGUCAGACUGGCCAAGAACUGGCGUCCUUUUCUACUGCAUCGUCACACUGUACAUUACUACAGUACAAUAUAAACAAUGACUGGUUUCUGACUGUUGGAACCAGUCAGGGAUCUGUGUGCACACUAGCUGAUCUUGCUUUGACCAAAAAGUCCAGCAUAAUGGUGUGUGACUCCUUUAAAGUCAACAUACUGCUAGUUUCACCUGACAAGAAGUGGAUCACAGCUGGAACCAAGGACAAUGAUGAUUUAAGUCCAAAGGUGUUUUACACUGAGAGUUUGACCUCUCCAUCUGAGGACGAAGAUCCUCUGUGCAAGUCUGUGCCAGUCGCUGGGUGCCAGGCUGCUGUCUUCAUACCCACCCAGCCUGCCAGACUGGCCAUCAUCGACCAGAGCCACAGAGCGCUCACUGUCUUUGAUGUCAGCAUUAAAAAGUCUAAGUACAAGUCAGCAGAGAUACUAGUCCAGCAGGUGAAGUUCUUCAAUCUGGAAUUGCGGCAUUCAGACAUUCUUCUACAGGCCAAGGACAGCAACUGUAUCGUGUUGGCAGCUGGUGAACAGCUAUGGGUCUACUCUCUUAAAGGAGACCUGCUGGCGAGCUUUAAAGACCAUACUAGGCCUAUUUCAUCCAUAAGUGUGGAUAGUUUUCGUGUGGUAACAGCAUCUCAGGACCUUUCUUUACGAGUGCUGACAUGGAGAAAUGACAGAGACCGUGGUUUGACCCUGGAGAGCCAAUACCACCUACUGGGAGGCUCUCACACAAUGUCCAGAGGGUUCACCCACGUUGCCUGUGACUACUCCAGCAUUGUGGCCUCAGUGGAAGGCAAAGAUGGGAAAGACGUCCUAAAAGCCUAUUCUUUCACCUCCUGAGCAUCACAGAGCCACAAAAGUGCCUGCAUGCGGUUUGCACAGCCCACUGGAAGGAGGAACAUUUUAUUUUUAUUAUGAAUUGUUCACCAUGCAGAGUAGGCUUACAUUAGUAUGCUGUUUGGCUGGACUAUGUUUUCAAAAAUGUAAUACAGAUGAAUGCUAAAUGGGAAAGGCAUUGAUACACUGUGUGAACAAUAUUCUUGUUAAGGAAAAAACGGUUUGUCCAAGUGUAAGGAUAAUGUUACAUAUCUACGCUUUUGGAGCUGAGGUAUGUAAGAGGUGAGUGUGACCAGGCUUAAGGCAAAAUGUAUCGCUAAAUAUGUCAUCUUUUCUUUAAUAUGUUACCUCCAUGCUCUGCUGAGGUAAAAUAAUACUGCGGCAACUUAGUUAUGUAUGUGUGACAAUAAACUGCACAUCAGUGUUUAGAAAAGCCCAUGUUUACAAAUGUGUGUUUUUACAUAUUAAAUCACUUUUAAUACAAGG